AUGCUUUAUGCACUUCCGUGUAUCGUCUGGGCGCUCCUCCUACCGUCAAUAUCGGCCCUCCGAUUCGACGAGCAUGCUGCAUUCACACCAGCCCAUCUUCGAGAGCUAAAAGCUCAGACAAAGCUACUUUUUCAGCACUCAUGGGACUCAUACAUGGCGUUUGGGUUUCCUGCUGAUGAGGUACGGCCCAUUUCGUGUGAACCAUACGGUCCGGACUACUUCGACCAGCUGAACAUGCGGAAUGACGCUUUGGCCAAUGUGCUGCUGACAAUGAUAGACAACCUAGACCUGCUCUUUGUCAUGGAAGAGUGGGGUGAACUUCGAAAGGUGUUGAAGUACCUCCAUGAAAACCAGGCAACAUUGUUCGAACAAGAUACCAUAGUUCAGGUGUUCGAGGCGCUGAUUCGGUGGCUUGGUGGCCUUCUACUGGCACAUUUGUUGCUUACAGAUGUACCCUGGCCAAAUAAGCCGGAAUAUGCUGAAGUAAGGCAAAUUUGUGAAGAGUACGAUGGUUUUCUACUCAUCUUGGCCUAUGAUCUUGGCAUACGCUUGAUCCCAGCGUACCAGACAGAAACGAACUUGCCAUUUCCACGAGUCAAUCUCGCCAAAGGCCUCGAAGCUGUUCCAUCGAAAAUGAACGAUGAAACAUGCACCUCCGGCGUCACCACGCCUUAUGUCGAAUUUUCCUUACUUUCCAAACUCACUGGCGACUCUCAAUUCGAGCAAUUGACGAGCCUUUCAUUCUGGAAAAUCUGGCACUCACGUUCUGUUCUUGGUCUCUUGUCCAUGACGAUUAAUCCCGUGAAAUCAGAGUGGAUCGACUCCAUCACAGGCGUGGGGGCCCUGGUGGACUCCUUCUACGAAUACGCAGUUAAGGGAUCCAUCAUAUUCGGAGACGACAGCUUAUGGCUGAUCUUCACUAAAGCAUACAUGGCACUCUUGUCACAUCUGGCUCAGAGCAAAGGCAUUCACGAUCCUACCCUUUUCGGCAACGUUAAUACAGGAAGCGGUGAAUUGGUCUCCACCUGGAUAGAUUCACUUGGUGCCUUUUGGGCUGGUGUUCAGGUUCUAGCUGGUCGCCUUACAGAUGCUAUUCUGAGCCACCUCAUCUACAUGAAAAUGUGGGAUUUUUUCGAUGCUGUUCCGGAACGAUGGUCUUUUCUCAGUGCUUCCUCAAAAUAUGACCCAAUUGAAGAGAGAAUCGACAAUGCCAUCAACCUAGAAUGGUACCCAUUGAGACCCGAGUUUAUCGAGUCCACAUACUAUUUAUUCCGUUCCACCAAGGAUCCCAUGUACUUGCAAAUUGGCCUUCGUAUUCUAUCCGUUUUUGAGUCCAGGUUCAUGACUAAUUGUGGAUUGGCAGGCUACCAGAACGUCAAGACGGGGGAGCUUCAAAAUCGUAUGGAAACUUUUGUCAUGGGAGAGCUGCUCAAAUACCUUUAUUUGCUCUUCGACGAGGCCGACGAGGUUUUCUUGCAUCAACCCUUCAUGGCCAGAAAGAAUUGGGUGUUUUCCACAGAAGCACAUCCUCUAUGGUACACCUCCCAGUAUGGCAGCAAAUCUGCCCAAAAUUUUAGAGAUACCCUCCACAAGCUUCAAAAGCAUGACAAGUCAUCUAAGGUGUCUCCCUACAAGCGGUCUUUUAUCAAGACCCUAUGGCUGAAGCUUGCAAGUGCAGAUAGAAGAAUGGUGGACAGAUUAGUCGAGCCACCAUCUGAUAGAAAUGCUACUGAAGUGAAUUGGGAGAGGCUAGGCGUCACAGACUUUCAACCAGCUUUAUCAUCGUUCGAUCAGUGUGAAGUGAGGCCUAGACAGUUGAAAACACACGAGCAUUCAUUCAUGCAAUCGGGCUACUAUACAUGGAAGAGUCUUUUCCAGCCCGAAGCCAAAUUUCAAAAUACACUAGUCCGUCCGCCUCAUUUACAGAGGCAUUCGAAGCUGUCCCCAAACCACUACAUCGAGCUUACUCCAGCAUUUUACCAUACAUACACAGCAUUUGCACCCAAAUUAAAGGGUGACAAACUAUACCUUCAAUGUGCCCGGGCACCGACAACCAAAGAAACCGAUUGUGUCUUUGGCGAUCCAGCGAAGCCAGAAAGUCACGAAAUGUACAUCGUGAAGCAGACAGCGAAGAGCUCUAAAAUGUCACCUAAUGAUGUGGUGAUGCCUAGGCUCUCUGGGCGCUUCAAGCUAGAAGUUCUCAAGCUUGGAGAGGUCGAUUCCACCAAUACGCUUAUCACCAAGGACUACAUCCGUAAAGCCCGGCCAGAUACGUGGGUUUCGAGAAAGUCAGAAGUUUUUCGUGUAAUUCGAGCCAACGGUGUUAAUGUGGGCCGGUACCGCACCGUAUGGACUUCUAGAAAAGCCCUUCUGAACACGGACAUGUUUAAGGUUUCGAAGGAUGGGAGGAUAUAUGUCCAGGGCAGCUACAUUGAAAACUUCAGGGUUUACUAG